AAAAAGUUAUUAAAAAUGAUUACUUAUGUUCUUUUCAACUUUAUUUCUGUAUAUAUUUAAUGUUAUGCUUUGUUUAAGGGGUAUUAAUACUUUUAAACUUAUUAAUAGGGCUUUUGUCAAAGAUUCUAUACAUUUCAGCAACUACUUAGACUUUAAAAGAAUGGCGAAUGAAUCAGAACUCAGAAAAUGGGAAAUCCCCUCUAAAAAAGAUAAAUUUUUAACAGGUUUAUAUGUUAAAAAUUCAUUAAGCCCUUCCUCGAAGGUGGAAUUCGUCCCAGAGGAGGGAAGAAAGGUUAAGUGGUACACCUGCGGCCCAACUGUAUAUGAUGUAGCUCAUAUGGGUCAUGCAAGAACAUAUAUAGCCUGUGAUACCAUAAGGAGUAUUUUGGAGAAUUAUCUAAAUUACGACUUAUUUUUUGUCGAAAAUAUAACUGAUGUCGAUGAUAAAAUCAUUCAAAGAGCCUUAAAUGAGGGUAAAUCGUAUUCCGAGGUUUCUUCACAUUGGGAAAGGGAAUUCUGGAACGAUAUGCUUUCACUUGGUGUCAGUUUACCUGACUGUAUAACACGUGUUAGUGAUUAUAUGGUUGAAAUUGUGGAUUUUAUUAAGAAGAUACUCGACAAUGGAUAUGCCUAUGUGUCAGAUGGGAGCGUUUAUUUUGAUAUUGAAGCCUUUAGAAGUAGCGGGAAACACGUCUACGCAAAACUUGAACCAACAAGUUUUAAUGAUUUGAACCGUAUUUUGGAUGCUGAAGGAACACUUGGGGAAGUCUCAGUAAACAAGAAAUCAAAAAGUGAUUUUGCCCUUUGGAAGAAGUCAAAAGUAAAUGAACCAUCUUGGGAUAGUCCUUGGGGAAAGGGGAGACCAGGAUGGCAUAUUGAAUGUAGUGCAAUGUCAACAUGUAUAUUUGGCAAAGAGGUUUUUGAUAUACAUUCUGGAGGAGUUGACCUCCGAUUUCCGCAUCAUGACAAUGAAAUAGCUCAAUCUGAAGCAUAUUUUGAUAGUAAUAAAUGGGCAAACUAUUUUCUACACUUCGGCCACUUACACAUACAUGGUUUGAAGAUGAGCAAAAGCCUUAAAAACUUUAUAUCAAUUAAAGAAAUGUUAACUAAGUACAAUAAAAGACAGAUCCGUAUAUUAUUUUUAAACUCAAGAUAUGACUCAACUUUGAACUUUAAUUCUGGUCCUGAUGGCAUGGACGAGCCAGUGUCAAUUGAUGAAACAUUUUUCAACUUUUUUUCAACACUAAAUUCAAAAUUGUCAAGUUUAUCAGUUGAUCAAAAGUGGUCAGAGGAUGAUUUGAACCUCAAUAAAGAAUUCGAGAAACUUAAAUCAAAUGUGCAUGCAGCAUUCCUGGACAAUUUUGACACACCCAAAGUCUUGUCAAAUCUUUGUAAAUUUAUUUCAACUGUAAACACUUUUAUAUCUGACUCCAAAACGCAAAUUAAGUAUACUCAAGCACUCUUGUUUAAGCAGUACCUGUAUCGCAUCCUUGGGGUGUUAAAACUGGUUGAACCCGGUUGUGAAUACGGUGUGGAAAAUAAAUCUGAGUCAUCAGAAAAUGAAAAGUCACUUUUGAACGAAUUGGUUAACUUACGACAGAAGACCAGAGCAUUUGCCCAAGCAACUCUGAAGAAUAAUCUUGAUUCUGAAGCCACCAAAGAUUUGUUAAAACACUGUGAUCAUUUGAGGGACCAAAAAUUGCCAAAUUUGGGAAUAAUUCUCGAAGAUUGUGAUGACGGAACUAGUGUUGUUAAGUACAAAUCCCUACAGGACCAACAGCUUGAAAAGGCCCGGAAGGAAUUAAAAAAGGAACAAAGACUCCAAGAAGAGAAUGAAAGGCUUCAAAGGCUGUCAAUUCCCCCAGAAGAAUUUAUACACAGAACAUACCCAAACAAAUUUGGAAAACUAGAUGAAAAUCACCUUCCUUUGGAGUAUUCUGAUGGUACCCCAAUUAGUAAAUCAGAAAGAAAAUCCGUUGAGAAGAUAAUGGAGAAGCAUAAAAGGCAAUACUAUAAGAGGCUGGAGACAUAAUUCAAUGUACCAUAUAUUAAUCUAAUGGACCUUA